CAUCAUCAUCAUCAGCAGCAGCAGCAGCAGUAGCAGCAGCAGCAUCGCCACACGAAAGCGACACCAAGUGUAUACUUUUUCCUACCCGUACCUGCUGACUACUUUUUCCUCCCCGUGCACUGCGCGAUAGCCUUUGGGGCCAAUCGUUCUGGAAAGCUUGGGUUGCUGGGAUCCAUUUGCCUUAAACCCUCAUCAACUUAUCCGGGAAACUUCCGUCCCUUUGCUCGGGACACAACAACGACGGGACGGUACUGCCUGGAUCGUCGUGAAGACUGAUCGCUCAGUAAGGCUGCUGCGUUUGCUGGUGGUUGUGAUUUCGCAAAACAAACGACGAUUGGCUCCCGUGUGCACGUGAACAAACUGAUGUGGACAUAGCUGGCCGCUCGAUUCAGAGAAGCAACCAACGCCUAGCAGGACAGCCCAGGAGAUUCCGCCGUCAGUGCCCACUUGGACCUGCAGGAAGCAAACGCUCCACAAUUGACAGAUUACAAAUGCCCAGAGGUAAACGUCGUCACGCCAUAGACAUGCGGCCCAGCGAAGAAGACCAGCAGUCGACCAAGCGACAGCGAAAUAGUUAUCAAAGCUCACGGCGCUACAGCAAAUCGGAGGACGCCUUCAAUCAGAAACGAUGCCUCACCUGGUUCCGGGAGUACACCACGCCGGACGAUCCGGACACUUUAGGUCCCGAAGGGAUGGAAAAGUUCUGCGAAGACAUUGGCGUCGAGCCGGAGAAUGUGGCGAUGCUUGUGCUGGCGUACAAGAUGGGUGCCAAACAGAUGGGCUUCUUCACGCAGAGCGAGUGGCUCAAAGGGCUAACGGAUCUGCAGUGCGACACGGCCUCCAAGGUGCAGUGCAAGCUGGAGUAUCUGCGAAGCAUGCUCAACGACCCAAACUCGUUCAAAAUCAUCUACAGAUAUGCGUACGAUUUUGCAAGGGAUAAAGACCAGCGCAGCAUGGACAUCGAGACGGCGAAAGCAAUGCUUCAGCUGCUACUCGGCAAGCACUGGCCACUGUAUGCACAAUUUGCCCAAUUCCUAGAGCAGUCCAAGUACAAAGUGAUCAACAAGGAUCAGUGGUGUAAUAUUCUAGAGUUUUCCCGCACCAUCUCCAACGAUCUAACAAACUACGAUGUCGAUGGAGCUUGGCCCGUCAUGCUGGACGAGUUUGUGGAAUGGUUAAGACAAUUGAGAGCACAGUCAACGAUUAGCUGAGGAUUACUGCAGCGUUAGAUGCCGUGAGGAGGAGCCCCGCACCCAGUUCGCAUGAUUGCAGUAAGAAUUCGAAGACAAAAUCCACAACAACAGUAAAAACAACAUCGAAAAGGUUCAUCCUGCACCAACAAAGCGACGAUCCUUUUAACCCAUCCUAGUAGGCGCCUGUUUUUCCCCCUUCACACCAACACAACCCAAGCAGUAGAAUCUCCCACCCAAAAAUCUGGUCUAGCAAUUCCAUGGGAGACAGUACACACAUACACACCCAACACGACGCAGUACGGUGCCAGGGCGAUAGCGAAGCAAGGGGGGAUAUACAGCAGCAGUAAUCGUAAAUUCUUCCCGCGUCCAGAGCAAAACGAUGAAUAUGGGUUAGAGAGUGAUGUAUAUUUUUGAAAGGAUCAUUUUCUGCUUACCUAUUACCCUUUUCUGUAAUGUAGAUAUUGAGUGGAUUGUGUUCAUGUCAGGACAUUCUACUACGAUACAUAUAUUAAUGCGCUUUGCUGUAACAUACACCACUAAUGCGACAUAGGUUUCGUAGGUAACUUAUCAUUUUGUUUACCUUUGUUUAAGGGACCUUUCUUAACCGUAAUCUGCAGCAAUCGAUUAGCGCAGAUUAGCGUACAUACAUUUUGUCUUCUCUCUCGUUCUCUCUCUCUCUCUCUCUAUCUCUCUUACUUUCCCUCCCGCCCUCCUCAAGUAUAUCGCCCACCUCAGCAGCAUUAGCCUCAAAACCGAAACCAAAAACGAAAGUGCGGGAGCAAUGAUUUUUAGUUUUGUUUUGUUUUUUUUUUUGCAAAUUGAUUUUGCUUGCCUGGUCGAACAGAACCGCGUGAAUUCAAUGUUCUUUUCACAACAUUGCAAUACAAUGAAAUUAGGAUCUAUGCAAACCACAUAUACGCACGAGCGCGAAACGGUAAAGGAGGAAACGAAAGCAAAGAACUGAAAUGAAUUGUGUGAGUGAGUGAGUGAGUGUUAGGAAAAGAACAAUAAAUGAAAUUGCUAAUGAUAGAUUAGGGGUACCCUUACCCGUCCAGUGGGGGAGGCUGGCAGUUCCAAUCCAAACGAAACACAGUACACACAGACACACACACACACAUACACAAACAAACUUAGAACUUCUUCUAAUUUUGUCCGCAAUCGUAGACGGAAUCUGUUUGUUUGUUUUUUUUAGACAAACUCCGUAAUGCACAGGAUGCAUGCGCAAAAAAAACACGAACGAGUUGACCGUUCGCGCAAGUUUAUAUUUAUAACAAUUAGCUUCAUACGACAGGACGACGGGACGAUGGGUCACCGGGAAAAGGCACACACACACACACACACACAGCGACUAGGGCCCUAACGAACUGAUAUUCCGAUAACGAUAAAGUGGGUAGGGGGGGGCAAACAAUUUUGGGUGAUUGAAAUCGAUGUGGCGAUGUGUGCAGUAGUGAGCAGAGUUAGUGAGCCGCCAUCCAUCUUACUCAUGGCAGCAAACUUUGAACCCCUUUCCGUAAGACAAAGAAACAAGUAAUUAACGAAUGGCAGACAUACAAAUUACCGCAAAAAACAAGAGUUCACUUACAGCAAAUAAAAUAGUCGAUCAUCAAAAUUCGGUUUAGCUUGUAGCAUGGUUUUUGGCAAGGAGCUACACAGUAAAGUCACAUAAAUGCAGAGAUGAUAAAACUUAUGGCAAAAUUCAUUACUAUCAUUACGAUAAAAAGAAAACAACAUUAAACUACGGCCGCCACUAUACUCUCACCAAAAUCAAACUAAUCGUAUGACAAAGUAACACACAUUAGCAGCAGGCGGGCGCACGACAACUUGUACCGAGAAGAGGAGGUGUACCGGUGCAAAGGGCAGCAACGGUCAUAAUAUGCGUAAUAAAAGUCCAAACAUACUUUAUCUUAA